UCCCACAACCAUGGAAAAUAGCACUAUUCGACCCCAUCCCAGUCCUUGUUAUUCUCAACCACACUUUGAGCCCGGGGAACAGUCAGUCAGUCAGUCGCACAUGGACGACCACGACCCGUUGCUCAGCCCGUCAGCGUUUCCCGCCACUCCGCCAAGCGGCUUUUUCAGCGAAGCCACGCCGCGGUCCGCCCCACCCUCGCGAUCGACGCAUGGCUCUGGCGUUGCUGCUCAAGACGCGCCAAGGUCUGCCACUGCUGAGCGGGCUCCGUCCAGCGCGCCACGACCAAUCUCGGUCUCGGCGCACCACCCUGCUACUGUUGGUGCGAACAGCAGCCAUGUGCGCGAUCGGACGCCCUUCCUGCCGCCGAGACACGCGCUGACCUCGACUGGAAGUCCGAGUUCGUUCCAAGGCCUGAUCUCGCUGCCGAGGUCUGCGCCAGGUGGGGCUGCGGCUGCGGCUGCUCCUGCUUCUGGUACUGCUGCUUCUGGUGCGUGCUCAUUGCAUGCGAGCAACCAAGCAACCCGAGCAUCACCAUCAAGUAACCUGCCAGCUGGUCAGCGAACAGCUGCAUCAUCAUCAUCACCAUUCAGUUCGUUGUUGAAUUUGCAGGGCGAUCGUCGGAAUCGAGAUCGCGCCGCUGCUGGAAUCACACGAGACAACCGACGAGAUGAUGGCGCAAAUGGAUACCACGUUCGAGGCCAUCACGACCACGAAGACGACGAUGACAAUGAUGGCGCUGCUUCGGCUGCAUCGCACCGAUCGAGUUUGCCUCAAAACGCCACCUCUGCAGCCGCCGCCACUCCGAUUGCCGCGCCGCGUCUCCGACACAGCCCAUCCUCCUCCUCCUCCUCUGCAGUUGCUUCUCCUUCACGUCGACAGCUGAGCGCAACUUCUGCGGGGCACCAAGCGCCGUCCAGGUGGGACGUUGUCGCCAUCAAAACCGAGCACCAACCCGUCGAGCCGCCUCGCGCUGCUUCAAAGCGGCCGCAUGGCACGCCAGACUCGGCGGCAGAGCACCACAAGCGGUCUCGAUCGGAUCGAGAUGACAAUCGCCAGGUCCACGCGCAGGACAAUCUCAAUCUGACGAGCCAGCUUUUACAGCAGCACCAGACUCUGCCAUCGCAGCAGCAAUCGCGUGCGCGUGAGCACCCUCCGCAGCAACGGUCUCGGCAACAGCAACAUUCUCAGCCUCAGCAACAUUCUCAGCCUCAGCAACAUCCUCGACAACACACCCACCAACCUCAGCAGACUCAAUCCAGACCACAACAACAGCAACAACAACAGCAGCAGCAGCAGCAGCAGCAGCAACAACAACAACAAACACAAUUACCACUCGUGCGGCAAUUUGAAGAAUUGGUAGACGCCUCACCACACUCGAGUGCAACCACUCCAAUGCCAGCGUACAACACCAGCGCUUCGAGCUCGAGGUUUGACGUUUCAGCCUCGACAACGUCCUCAGUGCUCGCGUUUGAACAAACUGUGCGGCCCUGGCUGUCCCAAGCACACGAAACGCCUACCCUUGAGCGGAUUGACGCACUGGCCACAAUCGUCAAUCAAUUGCGGCACGAGCACGAAAAAGAGCAAGAAUUGAUGGAAUUGUCGCUCAAACGAACUGCCAAGAUCAACCACGCUCUCUACAAGAUUUCAAAAUAUUCGUCGCUCAUGCUUCGCCAGUCGAUUCAGCCCGUCACGUUCUUGUCAGCAUCCUCCGCCACGGAUUCUCCAGCGGCAACAGGACCGACAUCCAGGCGACAGCUCGUUUCGGCGCCGGCUGCUGCGACUGUGGCGGCGCUGCCAACCUCAGCAUCAACCAGUGUUGUCCAGGAAUUCCAGUCAUCAUCAUCAUCAGUAGCAGCAGCAGCUGCAGCAGCGGUUUCGCGUAACAGAGACAGCGACACGGAGCUUGACGACGAUGACGAGCAGGAAGACGACGAUCAUGUUGAAAUUCAGAGCGUCAUUCCGCAGGCUGCUCGAUCGCCCGUACGACGGAGCACUGCACCGCAACCUACUUUGCCGAGCGCCUUGGUAGCGACUGGUGAUCGGCAUUAUUGCACGACACGAUCCAAACAAGGCUACUUUGCCCGCAAGCCGCGCUCGCUUAUCUUUGUUCCGCGACAUGGCAUUCUUCUGACAAGCGGAUUUGAUGGGUUGGUUAGUUCAAGCAAAGUGCGCGACAUGGAUUUUACAAAAACGCCAAUCUGGACCCGCGAGCAACUCUACCACAGUCGCGUGGAAGAUAUGGAUGUCAACACUGACGGGACUCGCGUGGCGCUGGCUUUCAAUGAGAAUGGCGCUAGCGAGCGAGGCAGAUGCCAACUGGUUGUUGGUUCGUUGGGCACGGAGAACAGAGCCUCCACGAUGCCAUUUACUGACGACGGCAAUGAUGCUGAAAUUGGCUUUAACGCCGAUCUCAUUCGGCCGCACUCACUGACCUUCUUCCACACGAGGCCGCACUCUGACAAGGGCAUCAACGUGGUGCGAUUCCUUCACGAUGGCAAUAUUGUGACUGGCGGCGCAGAUCAUCGAGUUUUUCUUUGGUCGCUCACUGGUCGUAAGCUUCGCUAUACGUCAAAGCUGCACGAGGCUCACUCUUCCGCCGUGACGGCCCUGCUGCCGCAUUCCAAUGGCAGAGAUCUGAUUUCCGGAGGCGCUGACGGACGAAUUGCGAGGUUUGACGUGGCUGCGAACUCUCUUGCGUCCACGGUCAAGGUUGAAAACAUGACCGCCACGGUGAACGCGUUGCUUGAGCAGCCCAGCAAUCCCAAUGUGAUUGCUGUUAGCCGAUGCUCGCUCCUUGAGAGCAAACCAAUCACCUUGGUCGACAAGCGUGCGUUCAGCAUUGUGCAACACUUGAAGCCCGUUUUUGUCUUUAACAAGGACAUCUCGCCCUCCAAGUACGUCCAACCAACAUUUGAUCCAACGGGCAAUUACUUGGCGCUGCCUUUGCAAGAAGGGCAUGUGGGGAUUUGGGAUAUGCGAAACACGGCAGGUCCCGUCGGCGAGAUUCAGCCGCUUUGCCACUUGGGCGUGAACGCAAGUCGCGUCCUCCGCAUUAGCUGGUACAAACCAAGCGAGAUGGCCGUCUCCUCCACCGACAACACGCUGACCAUCGUCAGCCUCACCACAAGCUUUUUCCAGCUAUGAGCACGCGUCGCUCACAUUGGUGUUCUCAGAAACUGUCAUUUAGUCGCCGAUAAUAUCGCAAAUGCACGCAAAUGUUUAUUUGGUCAG